AUGUCUACGUCUCCCGGUGAUGUGCUUACCGCCAGCCCUGCGGAAGCAGGAGCGGGUAUAGCAUUACCAUUGUCUGCGGAUACAGAAAUCUCAGGAGAGACCAAUACUUCUACCUUGCCACAGGGGCCCGAAGAGGUGACAGCAUCUGUGGAGAUAGGGAAUGGAGAAGAGCAUCAAGAAGCCAAUCACUGUCCAGAAAAUGAUGCGUCUAAGAAGGAUAAUCAACAGCAGCCUGAUAUCGAAAACAAUAUUGACAAUGACCUUCUCGAGGGAUCGAAGGAGGCUCAUAAAGCAUUUCUUGAAUUUUUCGAACAACUAGAUAGGAGUUUCUAUCCCCAUAAUCAGUAUAGCCGCAGCGCAAGGAGGGUUGGCCGUGCGCAAGACCUGAUCCAGGAAUAUGAAGCAAGAAUGCCUCUCAAAUGGAGAAUUGGACAAGCGAGAAAGCGUUCUUUCGUAAUCACGGCGUACUUCCGGCUUUUGGAAGACAGGCUUUUUUCGCUAGAGAGCCAGUCACCUGAGGAUGGCCACUCGUCGUCCGGAGGAAGUUCCUCUGACAAUAAUAAUGGCGAGGGUUCAGAUGGCGAGGGUUCAGAUGACGAUGAUGAGGCAAAUGACACAAUUUCAACGUUGAAUAGAGUACCAUGGUCAGAAUUCAAAAGAAACUUCGAGGAAAAUAAGGAGCCUAGCCAGAAGCACGUCAUCGACGUACUGAUGGAUAAUCCCGUGAUUCCGCACGAAGUCUGGACCGACCAGGUUGCAAGAAGGCAUCCUCAGCAUCUUGUCCAUUUUAGGCGCCGAAUGAGGCCUUUUCCGUUCGAAGAGCAACUCAUUUUUGGCGACUUCGACGAUCCCAACGCAGCUCAUCCUAAGACCCGGGUCGAACCAUCUAAAUCCACAACUACAGGCCAACCUCCCCGGGAUGCGUAUUCCCCGAUCCCAGACCGAAUCCGCAUUAACGGAAAUUCUUUGAAGCUACUUCUUGAGAAGGCCCUUGAAGUCGAUUUGGCCAGUCCUAUCGUAUUUCUAAAACCUUUCAAAGUUCUUGUCAAGUAUGACGGACAGAUCAGAAACCUCCAUCAACAGCUAGAGAAGAAGUUUUCUCGGGACUGCGCAGAGCCGCCGACAAGUUCAAACAGGCCAGAACCUUCGCAGACCAUUGGCAGCCGAUACUCAAACGAUGACGGGGAAGCUUGGAAUUCGCUUUUGGAUGAAUAUGGGACAAAACAAGCCUUCAGACAGCUGUCCUGUCUUGUUGAAUUCAUGAACAAGGAUCUCAUUCCUCUCAGAUCUUUUGCAGACUCCACAGCCACGAAGAUCGCUUUUUCUGAUCUAUGGCAUAUCUUCCAGGCUGGCGUUACAGUUGUCACAGCCACUACGCCUAUCGAGGCUUACCGAGUACUGCAUGUUACUGGUGGUCGUCCCUACCUCUCACCACCAGAGGACAAGGAAAACGAUGAGGAAGCCACUGGCAUGAAUUUAUAUAAGGUUCCAGCAAAGUCCAGCGAUUUUAUUAUUACGUGUUACCAAGUUGGGUUUGAUGGAGACAAGUUUGGCCCUAUUGCUAAAUCCUUCAGCAUUCAGAAGUACAACGGGUUUCAAGACAUCAGGUUGCUCCCCAUAUACCCCAUGAGCUUUGCUGAAGGUCCAGAAGAGUUGUCAAAGAAGCUUUCUGGAAACGGCAAAACCUUCAUCAAGCUAUCCAAUGUCGGACAUGUUCUAUAUCGCGGGCCUAACUUACACGAAGCCGAGGAGAUCGAUAGCGAAAUUAUCAUUGACUUCCGCGCCGCCCUAUGGGAUAACCAGGAGGAGGACAAUGGAUGGAAGGAGAAAUAUCAAGUAAAGUUUGGCAUACCGACUCUGCCCAAUGCCAACGAGGCCGAGGUGACCAUGAUUUCGCGAGGUGGCUGCAAAGAAUCCAUGUGCUGCGAAAAUGAUAAAAUUUUCAACGACUUGGACCUAGAUCGCACCUUUUUGGAAGAUUACCUCGCAAAAAACGAGUUUUUGACGACAGAUACUCGUUACCUGACGGAUGACCCUCGCCAUAUCCCCGAAGAUGACUUAAUUCUUCUUCCACGUCAACUCUUCGCAUUUGUCCUCAAGGAUCGAAAAUGGGCCGUCGUGGACAUCAACAAUAUCACUGAAUUGCCCGAGUCCACGAGCGAGGCAUGGAAAUCCCUCGUUCUGCCCGGUGGCCACAAGGAAAUGGUCUAUUCUCUUGUUCAGUCACACUUUCGAAGCAAGAACCUAGGAGUUGCGGAGGCUGAGAUGCAAGCAGAUUUGAUCCGCGGAAAGGGCAAAGGCCUUAUCGUACUCCUCCAUGGUGCCCCCGGUGUUGGAAAGACCUCGACUGCCGAAUGUGUAGCAGACUUGUGCCAAAAGCCUCUCUAUCCGAUUACUUGUGGUGAUCUCGGUAUUACCGCCGAGCAAGUUGAAACUCGACUGAAGCGAAUUUUCGUUCAAGCGCAGAAGUGGGAAUGUGUUCUUCUCCUUGAUGAAGCAGAUGUGUUUCUGAGUGAAAGAACUAAUGAUGUUAAGCACAACAGUCUUGUCUCAGUCUUCCUUCGUAUUCUCGAGUACUACAAAGGAAUUCUCUUCCUUACCACAAACCGAGUCGGUCGCAUGGAUGAAGCAUUUCGGUCUCGAGUUCAUGUCAGCCUUUACUACCCGCCCUUGGAUGAGAAAUCCACGCUGGACAUAUUCAAAAUCAACAUUCAGAGAACCCAAAAACGUAUGGGGGAUAAGAUGAAGAUCGAUAACGUUAGCAUCGAAGAAUUCGCGUAUGAUCAUUUCCAGGGAAACCACCAGCGCGUUCGUUGGAACGGAAGACAGAUCCGCAACGCCUUUCACAUUGCCGUCGCGCUCGCCGAGAAUGAGGCUAUAAACAAAGCCAACAGGAAAGAAAAGAAGAAGUACCGUGCUCCAACUUUACGCGCAAAGCACUUUGAUACUGUUGAGCAGGCUUCAAGCCAGUUUGACAACUACCUGAAAUCCGUCUUGGGGAUGGGACAAGCCGACCGAGCGAAACAGCAGGGUCGCCGCAGAGACGAUUGGAGCCAGGAAGUGUCUCAUAAUCGAGGCGAAAACGAUGAGCCAAAGACAAAGCGAUCUUGCAAGAAACGAAGAAAAUACAAUAUCUCUAAGUCAUCAGAUGACUCAAGCAGCGAAGAAGAAGCCCCUAGAAACGAUGGCCAGCAGAGCUCGUCAGAAGAAUCAGAGUCUGAACGAGAGGCUACUAUUAAGAGAAAGAAGAAGACUGACAAGAAGAAGAGGAAUAGUGGUUAG